AUGAACACUUCUCUUACUCCUUCAAUAAUAAACAAAAAGGGGGUUUUAGCAGAAAAAUUACAUAAAAUAUUAAAUUCUAUACAUGCAGACCAAAAUUUUUGAUAAAACUAAAUCCUCAAAUAAUAAGCAAAAUUGCUCUCACUAUUAGGGGAAUUAAUGAGAAUGAAAACGCUUUAGUUGCAGAAACAAAAAUAAAACCUCAUGACCAAUCUCCCAAGUGCAAAACUAGAAUGCCGCUUCGAGUUUUCACUCCUUUAUCGAAGCCUGAAUUUCAGCCUGAUAUCAUUGAUACCGUUAAUUUAAGUGAUCCUCAAUUCCUUGGAGAAUAUGCAGCUGAGAUCUAUCACAAUCUUUAUGUAUAUGAAGAUUUGGCAUCUUUUAACCCUGAUUAUAUUAAAAAUCAGCCGGGGUUAAGCUAUACUUUUUCCUUUGAAUAGCUUAUCAAGAAACUAUUGGAAAACUAGUAAUGAGAAUUACCCUAAUAAUCCUAAAUAAAAUGCGGAUUAUUUCAAUGUGUUUCUUCGUUUUUUAAAAGGCUUUAUUAGCAUAAAAUGCACAUUUGGAUUGAAAAACCUUGAACACCUUAUACGUUUUGGCGAUAAUAAAGCUAUUUAUUACAAAAAGCAUACAAAAUGAGAGCAAUUUUAAUCGAUUGGCUCGUUAGUGUUCAUUUGAAAUUUAAACUGCUUACCGAGACCCUUUAUUUAACAGUCAACUACAUUGACCGAUAUCUAGAAAAGCGGCCUGUUCCUAAAUCAAAUUUACAGCUUGUAGGUGCUACAGCUUUAUUUAUAUCUUGCAAAUAUGAAGAAAUCAUACCAGUCACAGUUGACGACUUUGUAAUUAUUACAGACAAAACAUACACAAGAGACCAAAUUUUAGUGAUGGAGCGUGAUAUGCUAGCUGCUUUAGAUUUCAAUUUAACAGUCGUUACUACUUGGAGAUUCCUUGAAAGGCUUGAAAUGGUCGCAGAACUUGACAUGAAAAUGUCAUUUUUUGUUCGGUACCUUUGUGAAUUAGCAUUAGUAGAGUAUCAUAUGCUAAAAUAUAAAGCCUCCAUGAUAGCUGCCUCUGCUGUUUACUUGUGUCAAAAGCUCCAUAAAAUUGAUCCUUCUUGAAGCGCAAGGCUUGUUUCGUGCUCAAGAUAUAAUGAAUCAGAGUUGAGGGCUUGUGCAAAAGACCUGCUUAUUUUAUUUCAAGCAGCCCCUAAACAUUCGUUGGUAGGUGUGAGAGAAAAAUAUUCGAAAUCGAGUUUCUUUGAGGUUGCAAAAUUAAAAAUAAUAUAA